AUGUGUAGCGGCAGUGGCCGCCGACGGAGCAGUCUGAGCCCGACGAUGAGGCCGGGGACUGGAGCCGAGCGUGGAGGCCUCAUGGUGAGUGAAAUGGAGAGCCAACCUCCCUCGCGGGGUCCCGGGGACGGGGAGCGGAGAUUGUCCGGCUCAAACCUGUGCUCCAGUUCUUGGGUCUCUGCUGACGGCUUCCUGAGGAGACGGCCCUCGAUGGGGCAUCCUGGCAUGCAUUAUGCACCAAUGGGCAUGCACCCUAUGGGUCAGAGAGCAAACAUGCCUCCUGUACCUCAUGGAAUGAUGCCACAGAUGAUGCCCCCUAUGGGAGGGCCUCCAAUGGGACAAAUGCCUGGAAUGAUGUCUUCAGUAAUGUCAGGAAUGAUGAUGUCUCAUAUGUCUCAGGCUUCCAUGCAACCUGCCUUACCGCCUGGAGUUAAUAGUAUGGAUGUAGCAGCAGGUGCAGCAUCUGGUGCAAAAUCAAUGUGGACAGAACAUAAAUCACCUGAUGGAAGGACUUAUUAUUACAAUACUGAAACAAAACAGUCUACCUGGGAAAAGCCAGAUGAUCUUAAAACACCUGCUGAGCAACUGUUGUCUAAAUGCCCAUGGAAAGAGUACAAAUCUGAUUCCGGGAAGCCUUAUUACUAUAAUUCUCAAACAAAGGAGUCCCGCUGGGCCAAACCUAAGGAACUUGAAGAUCUUGAAGGAUACCAGAAUACCAUUGUUGCUGGAGGUCUUAUUACAAAAUCAAACCUGCAUGCCAUGAUCAAAGCUGAAGAAAGCAGCAAGCAAGAAGAAUGUACUACAGCAUCAACAGCCCCAGUUCCUACAACAGAAAUUCCUACCACGAUGAGCACCAUGGCUGCUGCAGAAGCAGCGGCUGCUGUUGUUGCAGCUGCGGCGGCUGCUGCAGCAGCAGCUAAUGCCAAUACUUCCACCACCCCUACUAAUACUGUAGGAAGUGUUCCAGUUGCUCCUGAACCUGAAGUUACUUCCAUUGUUGGUACUGCUGUAGAUAAUGAAAAUACAGUAACUGUAUCAACUGAAGAGCAAGCACAGCUUGCUAAUACCACAGCUAUGCAAGAUCUCAGCGGUGAUCUAGCCAGUAACACUGGAGAGGAACCAGCUAAACAGGAAACUGUCUCUGAUUUUACUCCUAAAAAAGAAGAGGAAGAGAGCCAACCCGCAAAAAAAACAUAUACUUGGAAUACAAAGGAGGAGGCAAAGCAAGCAUUUAAAGAAUUAUUGAAAGAAAAGCGGGUACCCUCCAAUGCUUCUUGGGAGCAAGCUAUGAAGAUGAUCAUAAAUGAUCCUCGGUACAGUGCUUUAGCAAAGCUGAGUGAGAAAAAGCAGGCCUUUAAUGCCUAUAAAGUCCAGACGGAGAAAGAGGAAAAAGAAGAAGCAAGAUCAAAAUACAAAGAAGCUAAGGAAUCUUUUCAGCGUUUUCUUGAAAAUCAUGAAAAAAUGACUUCCACAACCAGAUACAAAAAAGCUGAGCAAAUGUUUGGGGAGAUGGAAGUUUGGAAUGCAAUAUCAGAGCGUGAUCGUCUUGAAAUCUAUGAAGAUGUUUUGUUCUUCCUUUCAAAGAAAGAAAAGGAACAAGCAAAGCAGUUACGAAAGAGAAAUUGGGAAGCCUUAAAAAACAUACUUGACAAUAUGGCAAACGUUACAUACUCUACCACUUGGUCUGAAGCCCAGCAAUAUCUGAUGGAUAAUCCAACGUUCGCAGAGGAUGAAGAGUUACAGAACAUGGAUAAAGAAGAUGCAUUAAUAUGCUUUGAGGAACACAUCCGGGCUUUAGAAAAGGAAGAAGAAGAAGAAAAACAGAAGACUUUGUUGAGAGAGAGGAGGAGGCAGCGUAAAAAUAGGGAAUCUUUUCAGAUCUUUCUAGACGAGUUGCACGAGCAUGGGCAGCUGCACUCUAUGUCCUCUUGGAUGGAGCUGUAUCCAACCAUCAGCUCGGACAUUCGGUUCACUAACAUGCUGGGUCAGCCGGUUUUUUCAUUAGGAUCAACUGCACUUGAUCUUUUCAAGUUUUAUGUUGAAGAUCUUAAAGCACGAUAUCAUGAUGAAAAGAAGAUAAUAAAAGACAUUCUGAAGGAUAAAGGAUUUGUAGUUGAAGUAAACACUACUUUUGAAGAUUUUGUGGCAAUAAUCAGUUCAACCAAAAGAUCAACUACUUUGGAUGCUGGAAAUAUCAAGUUGGCUUUCAAUAGUUUACUAGAAAAGGCAGAAGCCCGUGAACGUGAGAGAGAAAAAGAAGAGGCUCGGAAAAUGAAACGGAAAGAGUCUGCCUUUAAGAGUAUGUUGAAACAGGCUACCCCUCCAAUAGAACUGGAUGCUGUCUGGGAAGAUAUCCGGGAACGAUUUGUAAAGGAACCAGCGUUUGAGGAUAUAACUCUAGAAUCUGAAAGAAAAAGAAUAUUUAAAGAUUUCAUGCAUGUGCUUGAGCAUGAAUGUCAGCAUCAUCAUUCAAAGAACAAGAAACAUUCUAAGAAAUCUAAAAAACACCAUAGGAAACGCUCCCGCUCUCGAUCGGGAUCAGAUUCAGAUGAUGAUGACAGCCAUUCAAAGAAAAAAAGGCAGCGAUCAGAAUCUCAUUCUGCUUCAGAACAUUCUUCUACUGCUGAGUCUGAGAGAAGUUACAAGAAAUCAAAAAAGCAUAAGAAGAAAAGCAAAAAGAGGAGACAUAAAUCUGACUCUCCAGAAUCAGAUACUGAACGAGAGAAGGAUAAAAAAGAAAAAGAUCGGGAAAGUGAAAAAGACAGAAGUAGACAGAGAUCAGAAUCCAAACACAAAUCACCUAAGAAAAAGACUGGAAAGGAUUCUGGUAACUGGGAUACUUCUGGCAGUGAACUGAGUGAAGGGGAAUUGGAAAAGCGCAGAAGAACACUUUUGGAGCAACUGGAUGAUGAUCAAUAAAUUAUACCAAAUAUAUGUUUAUAGUAUGAUUUAAAGUCUAAUUCAGACCAGGGAUUAUUUUAAGUCCAAUUUACAUAACACUGGGUUUUAAUUGUGUCACAGGAAAAAGUGCAUUUAUGUAUUGUUAUUGUGGACUUUAUAAAAGCAAAGGAAAUUGAAAAUAACUUGAUUCUGUAUCAAGAAUCAUAUUUUCCUAUGGUAAUAACUGUCUUUCUGUGACCCUUUCACAGGGCACUACAGGAUGGAUUAAAAGUGGCAAUUUCAUGAUAGCUGCAGACGUCUCUACUUUGUUCUAAGUCAUGAGGUGAUUGAUUCCUUUAUAGAAGUUGGAUUUUGAAGAUACAAUGAAAAAUUUUGAUAAUGUAGUACAAAAAAAGCACCAGCAACCUAUGAUAAGACUGCUUUUUUGUGCACUACUGAACUGGUAAAAGCCAAUGUGAUCCUCUCUGGUGAGCUCUUAAGAAACAGGUGUUUUUGAUGGAAACUUGGUAGACCUUUAACAGCAGUGGUGCUAACGAGCACUGCUGUAAAAAAGCCACCAUUAUUUUUUAUGAAACAUCUGAACAUUUUAAAAAGGCUUAUGAGGGCAUUAUUUUGAGCAUCUAUUUUGAGGUGAUGUUUUAAAAUAGCUAACAUCAAGUCAAAUUGUAAAUUAGUUUAAAUAUAUUGCCUUAAGGACCUACUAAAGAAUGUGCCACCAAACUUUUGAGUAAUAUUUGAAAUAUCCUUGUCGGGGGUGGGAAAUCAAUGUUGACUUAAACAUUUUCUUUUAAUUUUUAAUCCAACCUUUCUCUUUCACUUUUUUUUUUUUUUUUAAAUUCCACUGAGGAGGUUGUAAAUUACCUUCCUUACUCACUGAGAAGUAUUAACUUCAUGGUACACAUUCUAAAGCAUUUCUGAUUUCAAUAUUUUUGUACAUUUUUAUCUAUUAUUAAACCUUCUCUUAUAGUGUGCACUAGUGUUUAUUUCUACAUAAGCUGCUCAGCUCUAAGGAAAUUGUAUGAUCAUUUUCAAGAUAACAAAUCCCUGAAAUUUUGUUUCAUUGUACCCAUGGUAGCUCCAGUACUUUUUUUUUUUUUUUUUUUUAAUUUAUGAACAUCAUAAAUCAGUGCAUUUGAGGUUCUUAGAUGUGUUUUCACCUAUAAAUUUCCUAUGGAAUAUUUUAGAAAGGCAAUGACUAUUUUAGAAAGGCAGUGGCUUAAAAUUACAAUUCUCUUUACCCGCUAGCUUUUGAGGGUUAGUAAUGUGAUUUAUACUAUUUCCUUCAGUGCAGGAGGUUUUUGUUUGUUUCUUAUGUAAAGUUUAGCAGUUGGUCUUUACGGUUCUCUUUGUUCUUUUAAUUUGGACAUGCUGAAAUUAUCUCUUUCAAGUUGAAAUUUAAAUAGAAUAUAAAUUACUUCAUUGCCCUUUAAAUGAGUUAGGACAGAUCAAUACCGCCCUUUUAACAUCCUGCCCAGGAUUUUGAUUAAAUACUGGCCAGUGUUUAAAAACUCAAAAAAGGGACAUACUUUGUUUCUAAACUUCUCAUUGCCAUGUGAUUUUCUGUUGAGAAAUAAGACAUACUUUGUGGAAAAGAUCAUUCUCUUUGAGAAAACAUUAUAUAAUCAAAUUGCUUGCUUGAGAUUAGUUGUGUCCCCUCUCCCCCCACCCCUCUUGUAUGUUACUCAAAAUACCUAACAACUUGCAACAGAAUAUCCUUGAGUUUAAUUUUCAGGGGUCCUCAUUUAGCAAAAGUCAGGAUUGCUAAUGAGUCCCAGUACUUGACAUGGAGGUCACAGAUAGUCUUUAAAUCAUGCUUAUUUUGGGAAACAAACCAGUAGUGUUUCAUAAGAGAAAUUAGAAUCUGUAAAAUAUGUUUUAAUUCCAUGAAUGAUGAUUUUUUAAGUACAACAUUAAUUUUUGAUAUAUUUGAAUAAAAAGCUAUUAAUGUUUUAGCAUGUCCUCAAAAUAGAUUUCUGUGCUUAUUAUAAUUUCUUCACAUCUUCAGAUUCUUAUAAAACAUGAUUAAAAUAUCCCUGCAGUGAACCUAUGCAAAUCAGACACAGCAAAAGACAUAAAGUGAUUCUCUUGACUAAACAGCUUUUUUGUUUGUUUUUGUUUCAUUUUUUUGGAGAUAGGGCUUCUGUGUGUAGCAACAGUGCUGUCUUGGAACUGUGUAGGCCAGCAGGCCUCAAACUCAGAGAUCCCCCUGCCUCUGCCUCUUUUCUUGUAAAUGUUACUGUGAACAGAUCAAUAUCAUAACAGAACCCAAUUGAUUUAAAUAGAAGUUUUAUAUCAGUGUGUUGAAUUUUGACUUUAGGUACCUGGAAAUGUAAUAGCCUUGCUAUAAAACAUGUAAAUCAAGUCUA